CGUCGAUUAAAAUGCUGCGCUACUAGUGUCGCAGUAGAUUAUUGAUCACUAUCGUUACGAUAGUUUGGACCUGAUCCAUACAAUUAUCAAUCACAAAUCUAUUAAUAGGAUUCAUACUUGUAUAGUUACAUCAUUUGUCGCUGUAAUGGAUAUCGAAAUCGAAUCAGCUGAUGUGGUUCGUUUAGUAGAACAGUAUUUAAAAGAAAGCAAUUUACUGCGAACAUUACGUACAGUACAGGAAGAAACAAGAGUAUCACUGAAUACUGUUGAAUCUAUAGAAAGUUUCACGUCAGAUAUCAUUAAUGGUCAUUGGGAUGUUGUUUUGCAAACUGUACAGUACUUAAAAUUACCAGAACAAAAAUUAAUGGAUUUGUAUGAACAGAUUUUCAUUGAAUUGCUAGAACUUCGUGAUACUGGUGCAGCUAGAUCAAUACUUAGACAAACGGAACCAAUGAUUGCAAUGAAGCGUACACAACCUGAGCGUUAUACAAAUCUAGAUAAUCUUUUAAAUCGGUCAUAUUUUGAUCCAAGAGAGGCUUAUUCAGAUGGUCAGUCAAAAGAUAAACGUCGCCAAGCUCUGGCUAGUUCAUUAUCUGAAGAAGUUAGUGUUGUAGCCCCAUCACGCUUGUUGGCCUUGCUUAGUCAAGCGCUUAAAUGGCAGCAGCACCAAGGAUUAUUGCCACCUGGUACAGCAAUCGACGUGUUUCGUGGUAAAGCUGCUGUGCGUGAACAAGAAGAAGAAAAACCACCCACUAAAUUAUCUACUGUUAUACGAGUAGUUCAAAAAUGUCAUGUCGAAUGCGCCCGAUUCAGUCCAGAUGGUCAGUUCUUAGUGACUGGUUCAGUUGAUGGUUUCAUCGAAGUAUGGAAUUUUACAACUGGUAAAUUACGCAAAGAUUUAAAGUAUCAAGCUCAGGAUACAUUUAUGAUGAUGGAAGAUAGUGUAUUAUGUUUAACAUUUAGUCGUGAUUCAGAAAUGCUGGCAUCUGGUGCUAAAGAUGGUGCCAUCAAAAUUUGGCGUAUACAAAAUGGUCAAUGUUUGAAACGUUUAGAGAAAGCACAUCAUAAAGGUGUUACAGCUUUGCAAUUCUCUAAAGAUAAUACACAUUUAUUAUCAGCUAGUUUAGAUCAUAGUAUUCGAAUACAUGGAAUGAAAUCGGGUAAAAUAAUCAAAGAGUUUACUGGUCAUACAGGUGUUGUAAAUUCUGUAGCAUUUUUACCUGAUGGACAUAAUAUUAUCAGUGGUAGUGCUGAUGGUUCUGUACGUUUAUGGUCAAUUCGUUCAGGCGAGUGUACAAAUACAUUUAAGGCAAUAUCUGGUCUAGUCGGUCAUGAAGUAUCAAUUCAUUCAGUUCAUUUAAUGCCUCGUAAUACAGAUCAAUUUGUUGUGGCUAGUCGUUCUAAUACAGUUGCUAUAAUGAAUAUGCAAGGACAGAUUGUACGAAGUUUUUCUAGUGGUAAACGAGAAGGUGGAGAUUUUCUGGAUUGUACACUUAGUGGAAGAGGUGAAUGGAUUUAUUGUGUAGCUGAAGAUCAUUUAUUAUAUUGUUUCAAUGUUGCUGCCGGUGGUAAAUUAGAACGAACAAUGCGAAUUCAUGAAAAGGAAGUGAUAGGUUGCGCGCAUCACCCUCAUCAAAAUCUCAUUGCUACUUAUUCAGAAGAUGGUUUGGUGAAGCUUUGGAAACCUUGAGUCAUUGAAUAUUGUGAUACGACUAUGCAAACGUCGGGAGUGUAUUUGUUUUACAUUAUUUCUAUGUAUACUAUGCAUUGAAUAAAUGACGUAUGUAAUUUAUCACAAUAA